AAGAGAGAGUUUGUGUGCGACUUGUAUACUUUUAACUUCCCCUAUAUUUUCUCAUACAAGCAACCAGUUUUGUUUUCUCUCUCUCACAACUUCCCCGGAACCACUUUUUUUUUUUCUGUUUUUUUGUUUGCUUUCCAAAAUUGUAAGGCAGAGAGAAAGUGAUCGGAGAAUGGCGACGGAUCAUAUAACCCGCACGGCAGACCAAUACAAUGUCGAGCUUUUACCUAGCGACGACGACGCGCCGCCGCCGCUCUCGUCGUCGUGGCGUCUCAGCCUCGACACUUUCCGACUUCCUUCUUCCACCGGCCGUCACGACGGUCGUACUCGCUUUUCUCGCUACUUCCGUACUCCCAGGAAGGAACGUAAAGUCUCUGAAUACUACAAGAAGCAAGAGAGGCUUCUCGAGGGCUUCAACGAGAUGGAGACUAUCCACGAAACCGGUUUUGCAUCUGGAGCUCCAACUGAUGACGAACUGAAGAAGCUUGCAAAGAGUGAGAGACUGGCUGUUCACAUCUCCAACGCUACGAAUCUGGUGCUUUUUGUGGCGAAAGUUUAUGCCUCUAUGGAGAGUAGAUCCAUGGCUGUGAUUGCUUCAACUCUGGACUCUCUCUUGGAUCUCCUGUCUGGUUUCAUCCUCUGGUUUACAGCUAAUGCCAUGAGAAAACCAAACCAUUUUCAUUAUCCUAUUGGCAAACGACGGAUGCAACCUGUGGGCAUCAUUGUGUUUGCUUCCGUGAUGGCAACUCUUGGACUACAAGUUUUGCUAGAGUCAGGAAGGCAACUAGUCUCCAAGAGUGGUAUUCAUAUGAAUAGCACAGAGGAGAAAUGGAUGAUAGGGAUCAUGGUCUCUGUCACUAUAGUGAAGUUUCUACUGAUGCUCUACUGCAGAGGAUUCCAGAACGAAAUCGUUAGGGCCUACGCUCAGGAUCACCUCUUUGAUGUUGUUACCAAUUCAAUCGGCUUAGCAACAGCUGUCUUGGCAGUCAAAUUCUACUGGUGGAUUGAUCCCUCCGGUGCUAUACUUAUAGCUUUGUACACCAUAGGAACUUGGGCAAGAACCGUACUAGAGAACGUCCACUCGCUGAUCGGACGCUCAGCCCCUCCAGACUUCUUGGCGAAGCUGACGUUCUUGAUAUGGAACCAUCACGAACAAAUCAAGCAUAUCGACACAGUAAGGGCCUACACUUUCGGUUCGCACUACUUUGUGGAGGUGGACAUUGUUUUGCCAGAGGACAUGAGACUGCAAGAGGCUCACAACAUCGGAGAAACUCUUCAGGAGAAGCUCGAGCAACUUGCUGAGGUGGAACGCGCUUUUGUUCACAUAGACUUUGAGUUCACUCAUCGUCCUGAACACAAGUAUAGUUAGAUAAUAUGUAUAAGUAAUCUUCUAGUGAUUGCUCUUUAGUUUUAGGUUCUCUCUUCACGUCGUUUUGUCUUGGAUGGAAACCGAACGAAUGUGGAUUCUGGUUCUCUAAAUAUGCGAGUGAAACGUAUGUGGUUUAACCAUCAAA